AUACGCCCCUCCCCUUUUGACAAGAUGGCGGCGCCCAGCUCUAACGCGCCUCGCCUCUGGGUCUGGGGUUCCAGGCAGCGUUUGGGGAAUGUCUUUAGUCUCGUCUCAAAGCCAUUUUGUUCGGCCGCUGCUGCGUCUGGGACCAUGAGUGCCCAGCGAUUAGCGGAGAAGCUCCGAGCCCAGAAACAGGAACAAAAGACGAAGCAGCCGCCGGUGCCCACAAGCCCUGUUCAGCGGAGAGUUCAAGAACUAGUGCGGUUCACAAAGCAGCUGCAACGAGUCCACCCCAACGUGCUUGCUAAGGCACUGAACCGAGGGAUUGUGCACCAGGACAAGGAUCUCGUGGUCAUCAAUAAACCUUACGGUCUCCCUGUGCAUGGUGGCCCUGGGGUCCGACUGUGCAUCAGUGACGUAUUACCCAUCCUGGCAAAGAUGCUUCAUGGCCACAAGGCAGAGCCCUUGCAUCUGUGCCACCGGCUAGACAAGGAAACUACAGGUGUAAUGGUGUUGGCCUGGGAGAAGGAAGUGGCACAUCAAGUACAAGAGUUGUUUAGAACCCGUCAGGUGGCGAAGAAGUACUGGACCAUCACGGUGCGCGUCCCCGUGCCCCCGGCGGGAGUCGUGGACAUCCCUGUCAUCGAGAAGGAGGUGCAGGGUCAGCAGCAGCACUACAAGAUGACGCUGUCCCCAGGCUUCCGCAUGGAGGAUGGGAAGAUGGUGAGAGCACGGAGCAACCGGAAGGCACACACAGCUGUGACUCAGUACCAGGUGCUUAGCAGCACUCUGUCCGCCGCCCUCGUGGAGCUCCAGCCCAUCACCGGAGUAAAACAUCAGCUUCGAGUUCAUCUGUCUUUUGGACUGGAUUGCCCAAUCCUUGGUGAUCACAAGUACUCAGACUGGAAUAAGCUGGCCCCCCAGAAGCUGUCUCUUGGUACGCUGAAGAAGCUGGGCCUGCACCAGGCGAAGGCCCGCCACAUCCCCCUUCACCUGCACGCGCGCCAGCUGAUCCUGCCGGCCCUGGGGUCCAGGAAGGAGGAGCUCAGCUUGGUCUGCGAGCCUCCUCGCUUCUUCGUCCGCUCCCUGCAACGCCUGGACCUACAGACGCCAAGUCAGGAUCAGAAUGGGGGCGACGAAGCCGGACGUGAGGGCGCAGUUAAGACCGCUGGGCUGUUGGGCCCCUGAAUCCUUCACUUUGUUUCAUGGACUCUGCUAACUUCUCAUUUGGGACAGACUCCAGAAGAGCCAGGUGUGGGAAGUGGAAGAAAUCCAGCUGCUUUCCGGCCUUUACUGGACACUAAAUCCUAUUUACUGAGACACUGGCCGCACUCUGGAAAAGCCUGCGGGGAGUCUCCCUGCCUCCCAGUCUCCUUGCCCAGAGGGAAGAGAGCCCAGGACCAGGCGGACUGGGUCCAUAAUUGAAAAAGGAGAAACUCGAGCACAGAAUCUGUGCUCCGAAACUGUUUACGUCCAACAAUAAACCCCUUGAUCUAUCCGGAAGGCUCCAGUGGUUGGAAAGAGCGCGUGGCGGUCAUCUGACUGCUGGAGAAAUUCAGAAGCAGUUAGCCACUGCCCUCAUGGAUGUUCAGGAUCUAACAGCAAAACCUCUCUGCUCCACUUGUUUUGUCCCAGAUGCUGCAGACCCGUCAGAAGGCAGGAUUCUCUCCAGCCGCAGCGCAGGAGCCUUGUUGCGGUAGUGACUAGAGCCUGCAAAGGGGUGUUGGAGAAGCGAGAAAAGCAGAUGUGAAGGCCGGCUGGCCGGCAGGCCCUGGUGGGGAGCACACACGGUCCGGAGAGGGCAGUGGUUAGCUCCAGCUCCGUGCUGCUAUGUGGGAACAGGUUUUCUCUCCUUUUUUUUUUUUUUUUUUUUCCAGAGAGUCAAGAAACCCAGAUGCUGUAGAGUCUUAAACAGUGGGGGGUGGGAGGGGCGACUCCCCCUUGUACAGUCAAAAAUCCACAUGUAAAUUUUGACUCUCCUGAAACUUAACUGCUAGUAGCCUCCUGUCGACCGGAAGCGUUACCAAUGACACGAACAGUUGAUUAACACAUAUUUUGUACGUUUUGUGUAUUAUAUGCUGUAUUCUCACUCAGCCAGAGAAAAGAAGAUGUUAUUAAGAAAAUCAUAAGGAAAGGAAUACAUUUACAGUUCUGUGCUCUAUUUAUCAAAGAGAAAUCUGAGUAUAAGUGGCCUGUGCCAUUCAGACCCAUUUUUGGUGGAUCAGCUGUAUUUAUGGGAAGGCUCCAAGUGUAUUAACUCACUAAAAUGAAUGUGUAAAACACAGCUGUCCCCAAACCCAGGUGGUCACCAGGUGUGCCCUGUUUCCCUCUAGAACCCCCUCCUCUGAGGAUGAGCUUUCCUCGCUAGUCCCACCCCACCUCCUGAGCAUCAUCUUCACUCCCCACCACCUCAACUAGCGUAGGGCAGUUCCCACCAGAAACCAAACGCAGAGGGGAGUCUUGAGACCAUCCUCCUCCUCCCCCUAACCCCCCUGCUGUCCCUAGGGGCAGGGCAGGGCAGGGUGGUACUGAUUAGGACAAGGACACCACAAAACACAUCCUUAUGUUUUCUCAAUCUGCUGUCCUUGGCUCUCCCAGCCUCCGGACUGCUGUUUGCCGGAGGGCCUGGUAGGGUAUACAAAGACUCAGCCUUGUAUCCGGGCUUGCAAAGCGUGCCAUGGGGCGGGGGGUACAGACCCCAUUUCCCCAGUGCGGGGGGGAAGUGCUGCUUGGUGCACUGUAAUCCCAACACUGACGACCCAGGGUCAGGCCAAACCACAAGUUAAGGGCACGGUGUUCCACAAGACUCCUCUCCAGACACCAGCUGCAAGCUCGGGGCUUCCCAGACAACCCCCCCACCCUUCUGCUCAGCCUAGGGGAGGAAUGUUUCCCUCUGCCUGUAAUGGGUUCAGGGGGUAAAAGAGCAACUGGCUCCAAAGGCCUCACACAGGCCUGGUUCAGCCCCAAGGCAGAGGAGUGGUGGGGAGACAAACGGAUUUACGUCCGUGAGGCCAACGCCGGGAAGACAGUGGACUCACGCCACAGAGACUGUCUCUGAAGUGCUGAAAAUACUGCCAGGUUUACAGGAGGAAUAUGUGGGACAAAGGUCAGUGGGUCCAUAAAGGUGGGCAGUGAAGGUCAGGUUGAUUGUUGUUUAGUGUCAAUCGUGUGGGUCUUGGUGGUAUCUGGACAGUUGUUACUGCUGGAGGGGGUAGUCUCCAUUCCUAUCAAGGGAUGCUUUGCCCCCAGGGUCCUUUGCCUGAGUUAAGAGAUAAGCUGGAAAGAAUCCAGAAGUACCGACAGAGGUCAAGGGCAGGGUAGCUGAAGUCCUCUUUCAAACCCUCUACCCUGACUGGCUCUAAACAUUAAACUGAUAGGAGAACGGGAGGUAAAUAUACACAUUUAUGUGAUACAAGUUUUACAUGGCAUAGGGGUCUUCAAAAGACCCCCC